GAGAGAGAAGGAAGAAUAAGAGGGGGAAAGAGAGGAGGAGAGAGAGAGGAACACAGAGGAGAGCGGGGAGCAUGCUGUCCAUGGGUUGCAUGGAGCUCUGGGCCGAAGGUUCCAUCGGGCUGGAGGAGGAGGUGGUGACGGCGGCCGCUCAGGCAGAGGAGUUGGACCAGCACCCCACCCAGAACCAGCACCAGAACCAGAGCCUGAGCCCACCACCCUGGAACUCUAGUCCGCAGGAGAGCGCCCCCUGCUGCGCCGCGGGCGGUGGCACUAGCGGCGGCUCUCUGAGCCUGGACGACAGCCUGACCAGCCUGCAGUGGCUGCAGGAGUUCUCCAUCGUCAGCGCGCCGCCGCCGCACGCCGCCCUCUCCUCCCGCCAUCACCAGGGGGCGCUGUUCGGCCACCAGCCGCUGGUGGGCAUCGAUGCGCCCGCCUCGCCGCUCGCCGGGGACCCCGCCACCAUCUUCGGCACCCCGCUCACCCCCGGCAAGCCCACGGCGGCGGCCUUCUAUCGGGUGCCCUCCCUGUCUGGGGGGGGGGCCCCGCUGCUGAUGAUGAGCCGCGGGCACUGCCCCGACGAGGUGGACUACAAGAGCAACCCCCUCGUGAAGCCGCCCUACUCCUACGCCACCCUCAUCUGCAUGGCGAUGCAGGCCUGCAAGAAGAGCAAGAUCACACUCUCCUGCAUCUACAAGUGGAUCACAGACAACUACUGCUACUUCAGGCACGCCGACCCCACGUGGCAGAACUCCAUCAGGCACAACCUGUCCCUGAACAAGUGCUUCAUCAAGGUUCCCCGGCAGAAGGACGAGCCCGGCAAGGGUGGAUUCUGGAAGAUCGACCCGCAGUACGCGGAGCGUCUGCUGAGCGGCGCCUACAAAAAGCGCCGCAUGCCUCCGGUGCGGAUCAACCCCGCGCUGCAGGCCCACCUGCGACCUACGACCUCUGACCCCCAGAGGUCGCGGGGGGGCGCGGCGUCGGGGGGGGUCGCGGCGGGGGGGCUGAGUGUAAGCCCCGAGUCUCAGCAGCUCCUGCAAGAGUUUGAGGAGAUGACCGGAGCGGACCAGAACCGAGACCCACACCUGACGGAGGCGGUGUUGCUUGGGGGGUGGGGGGGGUCCGGGAGGGGGGGCAGCGGCGGGGGGGGUGUGCGGGGGCAGAAGAGGAAGCAGCAGCUGGGACUCGGGGGCAGGACUGCCGCAGGGGGUGCGUCGUCGGUGAAAGCCCCGCGCCGCUCGAGCUCGCCGCUACUUCCUGUGGAGGAGCAGCGUGAACUGGGCGCGCUCAAGGGCAGCUUCGACUGGGACGCCCUGCUCGACUCCGCCCUCAACGGCGAGCUGAGUCUGGACGAGGGGGGGCCGCUCAGCCCCAUACCCCCCCACGACCACUACGACCUCACCGUGCGCGGCACGCACAUCAACAUCGGCCCCCUGCAGGCCGGCGGCGGUACUGCGGCGGCCAGCGAGGGCGCCCUGAGCCACAGGGAGGGCGGCACCGCGGACCUGGAGGAGGAGACGUUCCUGGCCACGGCCUUCCUGCAGGGUCCCUGGCCCGAGGAGGAGGAGGAGGAGGGCGGCGCGAUGAAGGUGGACUUCCUGUGCAGCUCCACCGUCAACAUCGACCAGCUGUUCGACCUGGGGGACUCCCUAGGCGGUGACAUCAGCAGCAAGAUAGAGUCACUGCUCUGAGGAGAGAGGGAGAGAGAGAGAGAGAGAGAGAGAGAGAAAGAAAGAGAGAGAGAGAGUUACUACCCAAUAUGAAUAACAGAGUGCAAGAGACACUGUUUAUAAAGACCAGGACAGGACUUUUUCCCUGCCUCAACCCAAGUCUGUAGGCUUGACCAUGCCAGGACACACACACAUCUCUCUCUCUCUAACCCAGUCACACACACACGUCUGUAGACUUGAUCAUGCCAGGACACCACCACAGACCACAUGGAAUAUACACUUUUAUUAAGACUUUUUUCAGCUUGUUUUUUUUUUACAUUUAAAAUAGGCUUUGUUGAUUUUUUGACAUUCCAGAAGACUCUGAUCAAAUGUCCGCCCAAGGAGGGACAUUGGGAAUCUCAUUCGGGAAUGAUUUGGGAAUCCCAUUAGGGAAUGAUUUGGGAAUCCCAUUAGGGAAUGAUUUGGGAAUGCUGGGUGAGGGGCCACAGACAUCACUGAUGCAGUGAAAACCAAAAAAGCCCAAAUCUGUGUUUGUUUGUUUACAGGCUGUUGUGUACACAGACCAAUGGCACACACACACACACACACACACACACACACACACACACACAACUCAUCUUACACGGACAGAACAGGCCUCGCAGGCAGGACACACCGGCGUAGAAGUGGAACAGGAACUAAUUAACCGGAACACACACACACACACACACACACUUUCACACAGGGCAAUGUGUUCUGCUUCCUUGUCUGGUGACGUGUACUUGAUCAUGAAGAUUAUUGAUUAUGAAGAUUAUUGAUUAUGAAGAUUAUUGCUUUUGGGGGCUUCUUAGUGGCAGACCUCAUCAGACACACACACACACACACACACACACACACACACACACACACACACACACACACACCAGAAGGUUUGUGAUGAUGGUGCAGAAGGAUAUAUAGAUGACAUAUCAGUGAUUUAAAUCAUUCUGAUUAGAGAAGAUAGAUGAUUAUGAUAUAUUGAUUUGUUUUUGAUAAUCUGAGAUCCAUUGCCGAUAUCUUCGAGAUGACAAAUGUCAAAUCCUUGUGUAGUGUAUAAUCCUCUGUCUUUGUCUCUUUUCUGAUAUCUGAUAUUUUGCUGAUGUAUCGCUGAUAUAUUGCUGAUAUAUUGCUGAUAUAUUGCUGAUAAAUUGCUGAUAUAUCGCUGAUGUGUCGCUGAUAUCUGAUGCAUCGCUGAUAUACGCAGAGGGAAACCUACCAGUGCCAAACAGU